AUGGAAGCGUUAGAGGCAGAGAUAUCGCCUCCGACGCGUGAUUUUAAAGGAAACCCGGAUUAUCAGAGUUUUGGGAGGGGCUCUCAUGACAAGAAAAUUGAAGAGGAAGAUCGAUCAGUCGAUCUGAACGAUAAACCUCGACCUCUUCCUAUGGUCCCUUUGGGGACCACCGCGGAUCGUGCUGCAAAACACGAUCCGCUGGGUAAAACCCCUUCUGCGAAAACUGAACAAAAGCUUCACAAGACCACUCAGGCAAUGUCAAAAAAGACGAAUUUUAAGACAGAUCGAUUAACACAAGAAGAGCCCAGAUCGGAUCGACACGAUCGCGGCUUAAAAGCGAUCGUGAAACCGAUCAAGUUCGUGGACGAUGCUCUGGGUAUGAACAUGGAAGGCUGGCAAUUGGACUAA